AUGGCCAGCAACCAAGUAAUACUGGUUCUCUUCUACGGAGAAAUCUGGAAAUCACUUUCUACAGCCAUACCUCAAAACGCUUCCAUGAACAGAAGAAACGCAUACACCAGCAUCUGGAGUCCAACAGAAGACAAAGCCCCUCUAUACCAACUGCAAGCGAGCGGACCCAGUUUGCACAAAUCUGGAGCAGCACUGACUGUUACGACACCACCUCAGUUCCCCAAAGCGUACGCAGAACGCAGCGAUGGAAGCUGGAUAGCAGCACUGAUCAUUGGCAUAAUUUUGAUUAGUAUGAUAAUGGCUAUUAUUGUAAUUAUUCUGUGGAAAUGCUGCAAGAGGCCAGUUCUAGUCGAUUCAAAUUGGGCAGGUCGUUCUCCAUUUGCAGAUGGAGACACACCAGAUGUCUUGAUGGACUCUGACCAGGUCACCAAACGUUCAUCGGUUUUGUUUAUGUUGCCUUGGAAAUUGAAACAAGACACAAACUUACAGCAGGAUCCCCCCGCCCCAGAGAAGCCACCCCACUGCUCCGCCGGUGACGAGAACAGCCCGUUGCCUCCACCGGCCCAAGGCUGCCCCGCAGCCAGCGUUUCGGCCCCCAGCACGGAGGCAUCUCCAGCUCCCACCUCGGAAGCAGUAAGCUGUGCACGUGACUCCUGUUCUCAGCCAGCGGUUUUACCCGAAUCCCCAGAUCUGCCACCUCCACCUGACUGGCUCAGGGAACCAACCGAGGAUCACUGUUCAGAUCUCAGCAAGAACCAGGAAUUUCCCCCAGAAUCAGAGGAACAACUGCCCCCACCACCCGAGUUACUUAUCCAAGAGAUUCAUGAACCACUGCCCCAGCUGCCCCAGCCAGAACACCCCUUGUAG